AUGGCAGCCAACGCCCCUCCUUCCGCUGAGCAGCUCAGCGGCGCUUCCGCCGCAGAGACCGCCCCUCAGUAUGAUCUGCUGCCCCGGUUGAUCCCAUACCUGGACCGCCACUUGGUUUUCCCGUUGCUGGAAUUCAGCGCUGGCAACGAUGAGGAGGACAGUGAGGUUAUCCGCGCCAAGUACGAGCUGCUCAAGCAUACCAACAUGACCGACUACGUCGCCAAUUUGUGGCAGGAAAUGAACAACACCGAUACGAUUCCCGAGGAGUUCGUUAAGAAGCGCGAGGAGGUUUUGGCCAAACUGCAGCACUUCGAGGGCCAGGUUGAGAAAAUUACCGAAUUGUUGCAGGAUGAGGAGGUUGUGGGUAACCUGCGAAGCGACAAGGCUGCUAACUUGCGCUUCCUCGAGGAGGAACACGGUGUCACCACCGAGAUGGUUGACGGCCUUUACGACUACGGCCGUUUCCAGUACAGCUGCGGUAGUUACGGUAACGCCUCUGAGCUGCUUUACCAGUUCCGUGUUCUGUCCACCGACAACGACAAGGUUGCCUCAGCCACCUGGGGUAAGCUCGCUUCCGAGAUCCUGACUACCAACUGGGAGGGUGCUAUGGAGGAGGUGCAGAAGGUGAAGGAUUCAAUUGAGACUCGUCUGUUCAACAACCCGCUCGCCCAGCUCAACAACCGCUCCUGGCUCAUCCACUGGUCGUUGUUCCCCUUCUUCAACCACGAUCCCGCCCGCGACGCCCUAACCGAUCUUUUCUUCUCCCCCGCUUAUAUCAACACCAUCCAGACCAGCUGCCCUUGGGUUCUGCGUUACCUUGCUGCCGCCGUUAUCACCAACCGCAGCCGCCCCCACAAGCACACCGGUAUCUACCAGAAGCAACUUAAGGAUUUGAUCCGAGUUGUGCGCCAGGAGGACUACGAGUAUACCGACCCCAUCACCGACUUUGUUAAGGCACUGUACGUCGAUUUCGACUUCGAGGAGGCUCAGAAGAAGCUGGGUGAGGCCGAGGAGGUUCUGCGCAGUGAUUUCUUCCUUGUCUCUGCUGCUGAUGCUUUCGUCGAGGCUGCUCGUCACCUCAUCUCCGAGAGUUACUGCAAGAUCCACCAACGGAUCGAUAUCAAGGAUCUCUCCACCCGUCUCGGUCUGAGCCAGGACGAGGGUGAGAAGUGGAUUGUCAACCUCAUCCGUGAUACCCGAGUUGAUGCCAAGAUCGACUAUAAGGAGGGCACAGUCAUCAUGAACCACCCACCUCAGUCCGUGUACCAGCAAGUCAUCGAGAAGACCAAGGGUGCCUUCUUCCGCACACAGGUCCUCAGCUCGGCUGUUGCUAAAUAA